AUGUGUGAUGCCAGUGAUUAUGCUGUAGGGGCUGUACUGGGCCAGCGAGCAAAUAAUGUGUUUCAUGUUAUCUAUUAUGCCAGCAAAACUUUGAAUGAUGCUCAAUUGAACUACACUACUACUGAGAAAGAACUUCUAGCUAUUGUCUUUAGCUUUGAGAAGUUCAGGUCUUAUCUUCUUGGAACAAAGGUAGUGGUAUAUACUGAUCAUGCAGCUAUUCGGUAUCUCAUAUCAAAGAAAGAUUCUAAACCAAGACUAAUUCGCUGGGUUUUAUUACUCCAAGAAUUUGAUGUGGAAAUUAAAGAUCGUAAGGGCACAGAAAAUCAGGUAGCAGAUCAUUUGUCCCGACUAGAAGAUCACAGCAAACAAACUACAGACAACACUCUAAUCAAUGAAUUCUUUCCUGACGAACAGUUGUUUGGAGUUGAUGCAGAAGAGCCAUGGUUUGCUGACAUUGUAAAUUAUCUGGUGAGUAAGAUCAUUCCUCCAGAAUUCUCUUAUGCUCAACGCAAGAAAUUUUUUCACGAUGUGAAAUGGUAUAUUUGGGAUGAACCCUUUUUGUUUAAACAAGGAGUUGAUCAAAUUCUCAGAAGGUGCAUCCCUAAUAAUGAAUAUGUGUUGGGAUGCGAUCGAUGUCAACGUACAGGUAAUAUAUCUAGGAGGAAUGAAAUGCCUCUUAAAAUGCUCUUGGAAGUCGAAAUAUUUGACGUUUGGGGUAUUGACUUCAUGGGACCGUUCGUUUCAUCUUGCAACAACCAGUAUAUUUUAUUAGCAGUGGAUUAUGUGUCUAAAUGGGUGGAGGUAAAAGCUUUACCUACAAAUGAUGCUAAGGUGGUCUUGCAAUUUCUUCAAAAACAAAUCUUUACCUGUUUCGGGGUCCCUAGAGUCAUUAUCAGUGAUGAAGGCUCUCAUUUCUGCAAUCGGAAGUUCACAACCUUGAUGACUAGGUAUAAUAUCAAUCACCGGGUUGCUACUGCUUAUCAUCCUCAAACGAAUGGUCAAGCUGAAGUGUCUAACAGAGAGAUCAAACGCAUAUUGGAGAAGGUGGUUAACCCUUCUAGGAAAGACUGGUCCUUACGAUUAGAUGAGGCUGCUUGGGCUUAUCGAACAGCUUAUAAAACACCGUUGGGUACUUCUCCAUUUCAGUUAGUGUUUGGCAAGGCUUGUCACUUACCAGUUGAGUUGGAACAUAAAGCUUAUUGGGCCCUAAAGAAGUUGAACUUCGACUUACAAUUAGCUGGAGAGAAACGAAUGAUGCAACUCAAUGAGUUAGAGGAGUUUCGCCUCCGUGCUUAUGAAAAUAACAAACUCUACAAAGAAAAGGUGAAAAGAUUGCAUGAUCAGCGACUGAUACAAAAAUCGUUUGUGGUGGAUGGGUAUUCUGGCUAUAAUCAGAUUGCUAUUUCUCCGGAGGAUCAAGAAAAGACAACCUUUACAUGCCCUUAUGGUACCUUUGCAUUCCGAAGAGUACCUUUUGGCUUAUGUGGUGCACCAGCCACCUUUCAAAGGUGCAUGAUGGCAAUAUUCUCAGAGAUGAUCGGCAUCAAUGUGGAGGUAUUCAUGGACGAUUUUUCUGUAUUUGGAACAUCCUAUGACGAAUGCCUCACGAAUCUGAGAAUGGUUCUUAAGCGCUGUGUGGAAACUAAUCUGAUUCUCAAUUGGGAAAAAUGCCAUUUCAUGGUGCAAGAAGGAAUCAUAUUGGGACAUAAAGUAUCUGCCAAGGGACUGGAAGUUGAUAAAGCGAAGGUGGAAACAAUUAAAAAUCUUCCUCCACCACUCUCGGUUAAGGGCAUCCGAAGCUUCCUUGGUCAUGCAGGUUUCUAUCGGAGGUUCAUCAAGGACUUCUCAAAAAUUUCCAAACCUCUUUGCAAUCUGUUAGAGAAAGACAUUCCAUUCAAAUUUGAUGAGGAGUGCUUGGAAGCAUUUGAAUUUUUGAAAAAGAAGUUGACAUCAGCACCUAUCAUCACUGCACCUGAUUGGAGUAAACCAUUCGAAUUGAUGUGUGAUGCCAGUGAUUAUGCUGUAGGAGCUGUACUGGGCCAGCGUACAAGUAACGUGUUUCAUGUUAUCUACUACGCCAAUGGGUAUUCUGGCUAUAAUCAGAUUGCUAUUUCUCCGGAGGAUCAAGAAAAGACAACCUUUACAUGCCCUUAUGGUACCUUUGCAUUCCGAAGAGUACCUUUUGGCUUAUGUGGUGCACCAGCCACCUUUCAAAGGUGCAUGAUGGCAAUAUUCUCAGAGAUGAUCGGCAUCAAUGUGGAGGUAUUCAUGGACGAUUUUUCUGUAUUUGGAACAUCCUAUGACGAAUGCCUCACGAAUCUGAGAAUGGUUCUUAAGCGUUGUGUGGAAACUAAUCUGAUUCUCAAUUGGGAAAAAUGCCAUUUCAUGGUGCAAGAAGGAAUCAUAUUGGGACAUAAAGUAUCUGCCAAGGGACUGGAAGUUGAUAAAGCGAAGGUGGAAACAAUUAAAAAUCUUCCUCCACCACUCUCGGUUAAGGGCAUCCGAAGCUUCCUUGGUCAUGCAGGUUUCUAUCGGAGGUUCAUCAAGGACUUCUCAAAAAUUUCCAAACCUCUUUGCAAUCUGUUAGAGAAAGACAUUCCAUUCAAAUUUGAUGAGGAGUGCUUGGAAGCAUUUGAAUUUUUGAAAAAGAAGUUGACAUCAGCACCUAUCAUCACUGCACCUGAUUGGAGUAAACCAUUCGAAUUGAUGUGUGAUGCCAGUGAUUAUGCUGUAGGAGCUGUACUGGGCCAGCGUACAAGUAACGUGUUUCAUGUUAUCUACUACGCCAGCAAAACUUUAAAUGAUGCACAGUUGAACUACACUACUACAGAAAAAGAACUUCUAGCUAUUGUCUUUAGUUUUGAGAAGUUCAGGUCUUAUCUUCUUGGAACAAAAGUAGUGAUAUACACUGAUCAUGCAGCCAUUCGGUAUCUCAUUUCAAAGAAGGAUUCUAAACCAAGACUAAUUCGUUGGGUUCUAUUACUCCAAGAAUUUGAUGUGGAAAUUAAAGAUCGGAAAGGCACGGAGAAUCAGGAGAAUCACGAUGGUUUCACGGUGGUGCGAGGAUCCCGUGUGGAGUAUAGUGCGGAGGCGAUCCGUAGAGUGAUUGGGGGGCGUGCCAAGCGCCGUAAUGAAGAAGAUUGGGUUGUAGAGAGGAUUGGGCGUGCCAAACGCCGGUUUGACGAGGAUCCGGUUGAUCUCGAUAGGAACCUUUCGGCCAGACAAUCAAGGAUUGUCUUGGAAGCCUUCAAUCGGGCAGACAAUCCUGAUUGUCUUGCAGAAUCCAAGUCUCGGUAA